AUGGCGGCGCUCGCGGCGUCGUCCCUGCCGAAGAGCGCGUCGCACGACGACCUCGCCGCGCUGAGCAUUUCCAAGAGCGCCUCCGACGGCGCCAUGGCGUCGCCGGGCCUCGCGCGGGCGCAGUCCUUCGCGUCGACGCCGUCGCUCGCGUCGCUCGCGGGCCCGCCGGCGCCGCCGCUCGAGCUCGAGGAGCGCGACGCGGCGUCGGGCCUCAAGUACGUGCGCUGCAUGCUCGGCGCCGGCGCGGCGGCCGACGCGCCGGAACCGCCGGUCGUCUUCUUCGCGCACGGCUGCGCCAUGAACGCGGGCGCCUGGCGCGGCGCGCUCGCGGCCCUGCACGCGGCGCUCUGCGACGGCGGCCGGCGGCUCGAGGCCGUCGCCGUGGACCUGCCGGGCCACGGCCGGAGCCCCGCGGCGCCCGUGGCGCCGGCCGGCGGCGGCGCGCCGCCGGGCCCCGACGGCGGCGGCGGCGGCGCCUGGCGCGGCGUCGCGCGGGCGCUGCUCGACGUCCUGGGCGAGGUGCUCGGCGUCGUGCUUGGCGUCGUGAUCGCGACGCUCGGCGCGCUGCGCGCGACGCGCUUCGGCGACCCGCCGCCGUGGAUGCCCCUGCGCGAGGUGCUCGCGGGCGGCGUCGCCGCCGCGACGACGGAGAUCGCGCUCUACCCCGUCGAGGUCUUCAAGGUGCGGCGGCAGACGGGCGGCGCCGGCAAGCUGCCGCUCCUCACGACGGCGGGCCUCGCCGCCGGCGUCCUGCGCGGGCUCUGCUACCACGGCCUGCGCCUCGGCCUCUUCCCCGCCGUCAAGAACGCGCUGGGCGGCGACUCGCUCGUGGCCCGGAUCGCGAGCGGCGCGGCCUGCGGCGCGCUGGGCGCCGCGCUCUGCAACCCCCUGGACCUGGUGAAGACGCGGCUCCAGCGCGACCCGGAGCGCUACCCGAACAGCUUCGCGGCGCUCGUGGCCGUCUUCAAGGGCGGCGGCGCGUUCGUCGGCAGCCCGGCGACGGUGCUCCGGGCCGCCGCGGGCUCCGCGGCCCAGCUCGCGACCUACGACAGCGUGAAGGGCGCCGCGCUCGCCUCCGAGCUGCCGGCGGCGCUCGCCGUGCCCGUCGCGGUCUGCUGCUCGUCCGUCGCCUACUGCACCGCGGCCGCGCCCAUGGACGUCGUCAAGGCGCGCCUGAUGGUCGCCCGCGACGGCGACCGGAGCGGCGUGCUCGCCUGCGUGCGGGACCUCGCGCGCACGGGCGGGCCCGCCGCCUUCUUCAAGGGCUGGCUCCCCGCGGUGCUCCGGCUACUGCCCGUGGCGCUCUUCGUCUUCCCGGCGAGGCCCCGCGCGGAAACAUUCGACGCCAUGGAGGCGCUGCGCGCCUUCCUCGGCGCCGCCGCGUACUAG